CUCUCUCUCUCUCUCUCUCUCUCUCUCUCUCUCCCUCUCUCCCCUCUCUCUCUGUCUCUCUUUCUCUCUCUCUUUUCACUCCUUCACUCACUCGGUUCAUUUCAGUGAGCAGUCCGACCGCUCUCCAGCACCCAGCGGCACACAGAAUGCAAGGAAUCUACCUCGCUGUCCCAGAGUGACGGAGGCAAGAGCAGUUUAGGGAGGGAGAGGAGGUGCAGGGGAAAGACAGGGAACAAAAGGGACAGGCAGGACAGAGAGGGACAGAGUGGACAGAAAAGAGCCGGCUAAGAGAGGACAAGUAAGACAGAAGGUGGACUGGGCAGUUUUUGGCUGGAGGAUUUGGUCCUGUCCCACUGCCCUCAUUAGGGAUAUCCAUCUAUUGCCCCGCCAACUUUCCCCCCAUCCCGGUGCAGCGGAGGUCAUGGGGUGGCUACUGCUGCCCUGGCUGUGCACCCUGCUGUGCCUGAGGCUGCCGGGCAGUGUGGAGCCGGCCGUUCCACUGAAUGACUUCUACCCUUUUGGUCAGGAACAGGGGGACACUCUGACCAUCAAGCAGGACGAUGGAGGCUCAGGACUAGUGGACAUCUCUGUGGCUUUCCCUUUCUUUGGAGACUGGCACAUGGGGCUCUAUGUCAAUAACAAUGGUCUGGUGUCAUUUCUGAGGGAAGUGUCCCAGUUCACUCCGGUGGCCUUCCCCAUUGCUGGUGACCGCAGGGUGGUUGCUCCAUUCUGGGCCGAUGUGGACAACCGGCAAGCAGGGAAUGUGUUUUAUCGAGAGAGCAAAGACCCUGCCAUCCUAAAGAGAGCUACAGAAGACAUCCAUCGCUAUUUUCCAGAAUUCCCCAUGUUCUCUGCCACGUGGGUCCUCAUCGCCACUUGGUAUCAGGUUACAUUUUUCGGUGGGAGCUCGAUCACUCCGGUGAACACAUUCCAGGUAGUGCUGAUCACAGAUGGUGAGCUUGCGUUCACCAUCUUCCAGUACCACAAUAUCACCUGGACCACAGGAAUGCACGCUAGCAGCGGGGGAGAUAUCGCAGGCCUGGGGGGAAUUGCUGCACAGGCAGGUUUUAAUGCCGGCGACGGGAAGCGCUAUUUCAACAUCCCUGGCUCUCGCACUGAUGAUGUCGUGGAGGUGGAGACAACAACAAACGUGGGCUAUCCUGGCCGCUGGGUCUUCCGCAUUGAUGAUGCCCAGGUGCAGGUGGGCAGCUGCAAUAACUCAGCUUCAGUCUGCCCAAACCUGAGGCCCUGUCUGAACGGAGGCCGCUGCAUCGAUGACUGCAUCACUGGAAAUCCUUCCUUCACAUGCUCUUGCUUGGCUGGCUUCACUGGCCACAGGUGCCAGAUAGAUGUUGAUGAAUGCUCCUCGUACCCCUGUCUGAACGGAGGCACUUGUGCUGACCAGGUGAACAGCUUCAUCUGCCAGUGUCCACUGGGGUUUACAGGAACCCUUUGUGAAACAGACAUUGACGAGUGCCAAGAGAAUCCAUGCCUCAAUGGAGCACGGUGCAUUGAGAGUGUCGGCAGCUUCACCUGCGAAUGCCAGGCAGGCUACACCGGGCCUGUUUGUGAGACAGACGUUAAUGAGUGUGAGUCCAUGCCGUGUCUGAACGGAGGGGAGUGUGAGGACCGGGUGAAUAACUACACCUGCACCUGCACUGCUAACUUCACUGGAACCCACUGUGAGACAGAGUUAGUGGUUGUGACCAAUUCCUCUACUACUGAUGGCAAAAAUCACACAGCAUCCUGUGAGGGAGAAGGCUGCGAGAGUCACCAGAGCUGCAAGAGCGCAGGCCCUGGAAGCUACGACUGCACCUGCAACCCAGGCUACUAUGGCGAGAACUGUGAAGAGGAGUGUCCAUGCCAGAAUGGAGGUGUUUGCGUUGAUGUGAAUGGCACCUGUGAGUGUCCAACAGGCUUCACUGGACUCUUCUGUCAGUUUGAAGUAACGCAGACGCCAUGUAGUAACAGCAGACCGUGUCCAGACGGGGGCCCAUGUCUAGAGUACGGUGGCACAUAUCUCUGCACUUGCCAAACUGGCGUCGAUUUUGACCACAAGGACACCUACCCUUAUGUACAGCCCCGAUCGGCCUGCGAUUCGUCGCCGUGUCAGAAUGGAGGAUACUGCUACGAACGCGAUGGAGGCUAUACCUGUGAUUGCAAACACGGCUAUAGAGGGAAACACUGUGAAAUAGUCAGAUUAAGUAUGUGUGCCUCUAGCCCCUGCCGAAAUGGAGGAUCCUGUAAAGAAGAUGCCGGCAGUUACCGCUGUGUAUGUCCUUACAGGUUUACAGGGAAACACUGUGAAGUGGGGAAGCCAGACCCCUGUGCCUCAGGUCCAUGCAUGAAUGGAGGAACAUGUUUUCACUACAUCGGCAAGUACAAGUGUGAGUGCCCUGGAUCCUUCAUGGGGAGACACUGUGAGAUCAGCAAAGCAGCCAACCCAGCUUUGGAUGGGAAAGACUGUGGUCCCCCUGCUAAGGUGAAGCAUGCAGAGGUUCAGUUCUCCUCCACGACCCCAGGCUCCAUGGCUCUGUACGCGUGUCACCCAGGAUACACACCCGUUCCCAGGGCCACCCAGAGCAUCUGCAGCAGCCAGGGCUCCUGGAGUCAGCCCCCUGUCUGUGAAGAAAUAAACGAGUGUUUGUCCCAGCCAUGUAUGAAUGGAGGCACGUGUCGAGACAGAGUGGCCUCCUUUCUUUGCGAGUGUGAGUCCGGGUUUACUGGCCAACGCUGUCAGACAGAUCUUGAUGAGUGUCUCUCAGAGCCGUGUAAACAUGGAGGCACAUGUGAGGACCAGCCAGGCUCUUACUUCUGCCACUGCCAACAGGGCUACACAGGACAAGACUGUGAGAUAGAGCAGGACGGAUGUGAGUCAAACCCCUGUCUGAACGGUGGUGUGUGUCGAGGCUACAGGAGGAGCCACCUGUGUGUGUGUAAAGACGGCUACACUGGGGAUCGCUGCCAGACUUUGGAGAAUCCAUGUGUAUUACAGCCGUGUGGGAACCGAGGGUUCUGUCGCAGUGACAGGAGAGGAAAUUACAGCUGCGCUUGCAGGGUGGGACACACAGGCCGGGACUGUGAGAGAGACCUGCUGCCUCCGUCUGGCCUGCAUGUACUGAGGGUGGAGGAGAGUGAGGUGGAGCUGCGCUGGGACCAGUCUGACAUCACCCAGAACCUCAUCAGCGGCUUUGCCGUCGCUUACGCACCAAUUGGAAGGGGUCCAAGGAAAACUGACUUCCUGGAGAGGCAGCACUCCACCUACGUGUUGCAGGGCCUGAGCCCAGGACAGCUUUACAACAUCUCCACCUUCUCGGUCAAACGCAACACCAACAGCAAUGACAUCAGCCAGCCUGCUUUCGCCCUCAUACGCACCAGGCCACGGAAGGUGGAGCAGCUUCAGGUGGUGAAUGUUUCCUCCUCGCAGGUCUGGCUGCGCUGGCUGGUUCCGGCCAGCCGCCAUGCUGCUGUCAGCCUGCUGCGAGUGUCUCUGGUACCCUCGGACGGGAGCAGCCCACGCACGGCCAUCCUCAACACCAGCGUCACAGAGUACACCUUCAGCUCUCUGCUCCCAGGUCAGAUGUACACUGUGGAUGUGCUGACACAGAGUGGAGUCCGCCCAGAGGAACUGCCCUCCACCAGCCACUCUGCUGGACCUCUGCGCUUCUGGACAAGACCCUUGCCACCACAGAACCUCUCUCUGUCCCACGUGACCACCACCUCUGCUCAGUUCACAUGGGACCGGCAUCCUCGAAGCAUCCCUGAUGGCUUUGUGGUCAACAUCACACGUGGCCUGAUCACGCGGAGCCGCUACCUGCCUGACGGAGGCCUGGGGACGUACACCCUGAGGGACCUGAGCCCAGGACAGCACUACAGGCUCGCGCUGACCGCUGUCAAAAACACAGGACAGGAGCAGGUCCACAGCGUGGCACAGUACUUAGCCUUCACCACACUACCUCUAGACGAGCAGAGAAAAGCCGAGAGAGCUCAGGGAGGCCGGGACACACCCAGUGGGCGCACAGUGCCCCGGACCAAACUGCAGGAUCUGAGCACUGAUAAAGACGGAGAACUCUCAGAGGAACUGCCUAGAUACACUGAGCUGAUCGAUGGCAGGGGGAGGAUAACGGCCAAAUUCACCAACUUACCUCGCAAAACCAUUCGCCACCGCACAAAACCUGAACCUCCAAUCAAAUUAGAGAGAAUGGAGGAAACGACCAAUAAAAUCAGCCUGGCUCUGGAGAUCCCUGAAGAAGUGACAAGGCGGAAAACUGAAUCUCCGCGAGACUGCAGGACUCAGCAGUGUCAGAAUGGAGGAACCUGCGUACAGAGCGGCGACUCACAUAGCUGUGACUGCCCCACUGGCUUCAAGGGUAGACAGUGUGAGCUGUAUUGUCAGCGAAUACCGCACCCAUGCACUCGCCUCUACUCUGAAACGAAGAGUGUGCCCGUUUGGGAGGAUGGAGUCUGCCAUUAUCUGUACAAAAGAACAUAUAAAGUACAGCAAGAUGUUUGUUUUAGAGAGAUCUGUGAGCCUCUGCUCCCAAAGAAAACUCCCAGCCGAAGAACUCAAAGACAACAAUAAAGGAGGCUGGAUAUGCAGAAACUCAGUGAAUCACAGGACUCUCUCCUACAAGACUCAGUCACAGAACAUGGAACCAUUACAUGCUGACUAGCUUGCCGACCAAACAGUUUUAUGGACAGUUUUUGUCAUCUCUCAUUCAGUAGUUCUUUCUGUACCAUACAUUCUAGCAGUUACCCUGCAUCAAAUAGCAUACCUCAAAUGGAAAUGUUUUAUGAUAUUGACAUUAAGUGGCUGUGUAGUCCCUCAGGGAAUUUUUUUAAAUGGUUGCUUGUUGCAUCUCUGUUCAACAACUCCAUCUCAUUCAACCUUAGAACUGGUAAGCCUGGGUAAACAAGUGCACCAACAGAUACUGGAAAACUGUCACAACCGUUUUUGGACUUGUAUAAAACAGACUUCUCUGCUAGCUAUCCUGUAAAUAGUGUUUAUAGGUUUUUUUUAGGUGGAUAUUUUAAUAAUAAAAAAAUUUAAAUUUGC